UCGGUUAAGUGGUACCCAUUCUGGCGAGUGUGGCCUGAUCUAGAGCGCCACGGUGCCACAGAGUUGAAGGCGUAGCUUCGAAGGCGUAGCUUUGAAGGCGUAGCCUUGAGGACGUAGCCUUGCUUUUUCGAGGGAAUGAUAAAGAGAGGGGAUAUCAUCGAUACCCCCUUGACAAGACUUCACAACAGCACUUCGCCCCGAUUCAUGCCCAAAGAGAUCCGUCAAAUGCUAUGUCGAGCCGGGGCAGUCAUGAAUCGCUCCUAAAGCAACUCAUUCAACACUCGCAUGAUACGGAUUCACCCACCGAAGGGGAGCUGCGGCUUCCAGGUAUAUUGGAAAGAGUAGGAUCCUACAGCAUCUGUACAAUCAUCCUCGGAACAGCAUGCAUUCUCGGGUCCUUCGGCUUCAUAUCAUUCCUCUGGUCGGGCAACAGCACGAACGAAGGAUGGCGCCAGAUCAUGAUAACAGGCUGGGCAACUCGGUGCGUUACGCUCACCGCACUUGCCAUUCGGACGUCCAUCUCUGCUCAAGCUAUCGUGAGCACAAGUAUGCUUGCCAUGUUAGCGUUGCAGUGGCAUGAGGUGCCUAUAGCUAGCUCCGCCCCUGUGUCGCUACUACGGUUUGCAAAUGCUGGGCCUUCAUCACUGGCUCUGCCACUUCUCUGGCCAUUUCGCCGGCUCGGUCCAUUUCCUAUUGCGGGAGUCCUUGUGCUUACAGUCGCCCUUACCGCUUCCCUGACCAAUAUCACAUCGACAGCGCUGCUUUCCGAUCUCGAAAUAGGAAUGUUGCCCGGGAACGAAGAAUCAAUGUCACUCUACAUCGGAAAGAAUACAUCUGGGCCAGGAUACAACUUUAGGCACUACGAGAACGAGUGGGACCUUUGGAUGCGUAGGCCUGAGCGAUUCCCCGCCUUCGCAGAAGCAAUGGCUGAAGGCCCUGUCAAUAUGACUGGCAUCCACGAUACAGGCGUUGUGCUCCGGGCAUUCUUGCCAAUAAUGUCUCAGACCAUCCGGUCGAACUUGAGGAACUUUUCGGGCCCAACAUCGCUCACUGCCAUGAGGACAAUAUGCGGGAAGCCGAAACUGGACAUGGAGAUCGUGCGCGACGGGAACAUGGAUAUGGGGUACCACCUAAAAGGUAUAGCCUGGCUAGAUGGUAGCAUCAAGGAGUCUGCGUUCGUCAGCAAUGACAGCGUCAAACUUGAUUGCCUCGUCCCAAAAGCUAAUACCGGCGGUACGGGCGUCCCCGAGUGGCAUCUCACCUUUUGUUCGUUGUACGACGCGGAUUUCAACGAUAGAGUUCCUGUAUUCAAGAGUGACUUCCUAUUCAGCGAGACCGCGCUUGCCAAUACGAUACCAUUCGACAACAACAGAGACGCGAAUGCAGUGUAUCUAGUGAUUAACGUCACCGAUCCGCACGUCUCUCUUCCGGACUAUUCGGACUCAGAAUGGACCGUCAUGAAAAACAAGACCGCCAACGUCACUUUCGUCAUUAGUGCCUGCAUGUCUGUCUACCGCGAUUUCCAGAUGAACGUCAGAGCAUCCAGGCCGAGGAAUAUCACCGAGCCGGAAAUUCAAUGGGAUAUUUCCAACCACGCCUUUGAUACAUUCAACAUUCGACGACAACUCGGCGCGACGAGAGUCGCGUGGCCGCUCCACGAUCGGGGUAUCAUGAACUUGGACUCAUACAGCCCGCUUGAAAUCUCUCAGACAGUCCGCGACCAUCCCGCCUCACUAUUCCUCUUCGCCAACACUGCCUUCGCCUCAUGGCACCAAAGCAACUAUUCACUGGCAAUAUGCCAGUUCUGCCCCUUCAUAGGAGAUGCUUUUGCCGAACGUUCCCAGGCCGCCGUCGUCGCCGACAUCCUAAAGGACACUGGUCAUCCUGCUCUCGCCAUUCAGGCCUACGAGCUCAUGGUAUAUGGUAUAUCCUACUACAACCAUCUCGUGGAUUUUGACCUCCCGGAUACCGCGAUGACACGCUCGUUCGUACCGGCGCUGCGACCAGCCGCUUGGCGCGGAUACUACGCCGUUUCUGGCCUUAUCAUGGUACACUUGGGUUUGAUGUUGGCCGUGAUAACGUUGUACUUCUACAGCGGUGGUAGGAGGGGUAUCCUUGGGGGCGCAUGGAACACUGUGGCACAGCUUCAGAUGGAGGAACAAGAUUGGGUUUGGGAUGUUGCGAAGACGAGGACGGAUCGUGGUGUGAGAAAGCUAUUCGAACACAGAGGGCUAAAGAGGAAAUUCGUGGGACUCGUAGAGGAUGAGGGGAGCUAUGUCAUUGGGGCUAAUUCCACAUGAAGUCGCGACGGGGUUUUCGGCAUUUCUUCUGGGGACUCGUAGAGGAUUA